GCCGCACAUCAGGAGUCAGACAAGACCAGCACCUUUCAACUACACCUCAAUCAAACUUCAGGAACAGUUAACAAAAGCAAUGUUUCAUUUCAUGGCCUUCUUAAUCGCCAUUGCCGCCUUCGCCGGUGCGGCCGCCGCCGUGUUGUGCACUCCAGCCGAGACCUACUGCGGCUCCCGCCUCAUCAGAGCCGACAAGACAAACCGCGCGGCUGUAGACGACGCCUUGAUCUCUGGCGGACAGCCCAUUGACGAAGCCCACAUCAGCCAGUCCGUCUUCUGGUGCGCCCCGGCCGGUGUGCCGGUGCCUUCCAAAUCCGGGCUGCUGCUCGUGACGUACUGUGGCCCCGUCAACACCUGCGUUGAAGGCGGUGCGCUGGGCGGCGUCGGCGACGCGUGCGUGCUUUCGACCGGUGGGGGACGGGGCCAUUGAGUUGGUUCCAAGCGGUGGAUGUGGUGCCCGACGAGAGUCACCGAGAACAAAUACGACAUGGUGCUGGUAAAAACGGGCGGCAAUGUGAAAAGGAAUGGACAUGG